UGCUUAGAAGCACCAGAUCUGCGGAGGCUGCGGGUGGGAAGCAUUAAGCGGGAAAUGACCUUCACAUUUCAACCAGAGGACUUAAAACGAGACUCUAGUAAAAAAAUGUCUCAUCAACACUUGUUUCCAUUGGCCAUGGAGGAAGAUGUGAAAACAGCAGACACCAAAAAAGCCAACCGGGCCCUUGACCAUGAAAAAGAAAACACACGCUCCGUCUGUCUCCUUGAGCAAAAACGAAAAGUUGUUUCUUCCAAUAUUGACGUUCCUCCAGCAAGGAAAUCUUCAGAGGAACUGGACAUGGACAAGGUGACAGCAGCAAUGGUCCUGACCAGCUUGUCCACCAGCCCUUUGGUUCGAAGCCCUCCCGUGCGGCCAAAUGAGGGCCUCAGCGGAUCCUGGAAGGAGGGAGGAGGCGUGCCUUCCAGCAGCAGCAGCAGCGGCUACUGGAGCUGGAGCGCCCCCAGCGACCAGUCCAACCCGUCCACGCCGUCGCCGCCGCUGUCGGCCGACAGCUUCAAGCCGUUCCGCAGCCCCGCGCCGCCGCCGCCGCCGCAGCCGGACGACGGCAUCGACGAGGCGGAGGCCAGCAACCUGCUCUUUGACGAGCCCAUUCCCAGGAAAAGAAAGAAUUCUAUGAAGGUGAUGUUCAAAUGCCUCUGGAAAAACUGUGGGAAAGUGCUGAGCACAGCAGCAGGCAUCCAGAAACACAUACGGACCAUUCAUCUUGGACGUGUUGGGGACUCGGACUACAGCGAUGGAGAAGAGGAUUUCUACUACACUGAGAUCAAGCUCAACACAGACUCCGUGGCAGAUGGACUGAGCAGCCUGGCCCCGGUCUCACCUUCUCAGUCCCUGGCUUCGCCGCCUACUUUUCCCAUCCCAGAUUCAAGCCGGACGGAAGCUCCGUGUGCCAAAACCGAGACGAAACUGAUGACACCCUUGAGCCGCUCAGCUCCCACCACCCUCUACCUCGUGCACGCCGACCACGCUUACCAGGCCACGCCCCCCGUGACCAUUCCAGGGUCGGCCAAGUUCACCCCCAACGGCAGCAGCUUCAGCAUUUCUUGGCAGUCUCCUCCAGUUACCUUCACAGGCAUUCCAGUGUCACCAACGCAUAAUCAUCCGGUGGGCACAGGAGAGCAGAGACAGCACACUCACACGGUCUUGUCCUCCCCACCCAGAGGGACGGUCAGCCUGAGGAAGCCCAGGGGCGAAGGCAAGAAGUGCCGGAAGGUGUACGGCAUGGAGAACCGGGACCUGUGGUGCACGGCUUGCCGCUGGAAGAAGGCCUGCCAGCGGUUCACCGACUGAGGGCCCGGCUGCCACCGCGGCCCCGGCGCUGCCGCCCUCGCCCUCCGCUGCAGGUCUGCGAAAGCGCUUUUGCUUCUGAACGGAAUACACCUGAAGCCCAGGAAAAGCACCUCCAGGAAACCUGGUGGAGUCACAGCAAAAAAAAAAAAAAUAAUAAGGCCACCACGCUCCACUGCUCUUGCUGAGAAUCCAGCCUAGAGCGGCUGUACUAUUUUUUUUCCUUGAAAAGUCAGCCUUUUUUGCUGUAUGCCUAGAUCUGCAAACUGUGGACUUCUGUAGCCAUUGAGCCAACAAAGCCCAUUUUACAUAGAAAGGAGGCAUAUUUUGAUAAGCUUUCUGAAUAAUGCCAUUUCUGAGAUUUUUUUUGACAUAUUCAAAAAAAAAAAGCUCCGCAUUACUCGGUAGCAUUUGUACAGAGAGCAACACACUUGCUUUCCUUGUGAAUAGUAUUUUCCCGGUUUUCCAUUUGACUUCUUGGAGCGGUGCACAUCAUGAUGUGUUGCCCGAAAGCGCAGCACUCUGGGUAUCUCUUCUGUGUCUCGUUUGUUAGUUUGUCGUGUUGGGAAGAAUGGCCCCAGAACGAACCGCGCAGAGCCGUUCGCUUGGAGGGUCCCGGAUGGCAUCAGCUCGAAGGGAGAUCACCAGCAGACCUCAGCCCCACGCUGAGACAGGACAUCCCGCCAUAGUGUUGCGAGCAUCUAGGAGGCUUCCUCGGAUUUCUAAGAAGCCCUUGCUCCGAGAGGCGGCUCAACCGAUUCUCCACCUGUCACAGCUCCAUCAAGGACUGGCACGGGCAGCCACCUGGGUAAGCCUCGAUGCUUCUAAUCAGGGAUGCAGUGCAAACCGCGGAGCCCACCAGUCACUGCUUGUCUGACGGUGCCGGUGGCAGGUUAGUGGGUCGUGGGGCUGUCCCUCAAAACCCCACCACUGACUGGUUUCGGAACAGAUAGAGAAGUCUGACUACCCCCGCUGUUUGCUGGAGACAGUGGAGCACAGCCUGACGUGUCCCCCUCUGUUCAGAAAGACGUGGGAGGUCAGCAAACCACAGCCAUGCUAGGUGCACUUUUACAGGUUUUAUGCUUUAGCAUGUCUGGGAGAUGGGUUAGUGACCAACACAAAUGUGAUCUGAGUACGCGAAGGUCCAAAACUUUAUUUUUCUUAUAAAUAUAUUGGCACUGUUCACUUGGAAUGUGCUCAGAGGGGAACGUACAGAACACCAAAAGGAAACUGCAUGUGGGUGUAGGAGUCUCUCAAUUUAAUAGGACCAGGGCUUGCACUGCGUUGCAUUUAGCAGGUUUCCUAGCCUAGUAAGUUUGUUUGUUUGUUUGUUUUGGUGGUAGUGGUGUGGGGAAGAGAGUAGUUGUCACGUUCUCUAUAUAAGCUCAUUUUCUAUCUGUCCUGCUCUCGAUUGCCCUGCUAAAGAGUUACUUCUCUGCCUAUGCAAAGGAGUAACAGCACCUUUCAGGAUGCACUGUGUCAGGGUGGGGAGCCAACGAUCAGCCAUAGGAAUGUUCGGUGAAAUUGCACACAGGAGAGUUUCGUGUAUGUUUAGAGAUUGUCCGUACAUGUUUGUUUUAAAGAGUUGAAAGAAGUCAUUUAGGAGUACCAGAAAUCCUUUUCCUUUUCUAAGCAAGGGAAAUGGAAGGACACGCCACAGCGUAUUAUCCACAGCCCGGACGUUCACAGGUUUUGGCAAUUUUGUUUUUGGAGCUCUCGUGUGACUUGUUAAAUGUUAUUCCUCAGAAGAGAUCCUGUUCUCCUCCUUCAUUUAUUUUUCUCUUAAAAAUACGUAUUUCAAGAGAGCAGGACAAGAGCUUCCUUUAACUUCAUGUGUGAUUGAAAAUCCUGUUUCAUUUCAUGAUUACCAAUCAAUAGUAGCCACAGCAGCAGCUAUAAUGUGUGUUUUAGUCUUUACGAGGUCAGCCAGGAAAGGGCAUUUUUUGAAAGGGCAGAAGUGUAUUUGCAUCCUGAACCCCAGCAUGUCUUUCCUCCUCCCUGGAGUCCUUUCGUUUCACCUACAGGCACCCUCUGCUGUGACACAAUGCUCUGGCCUGGUCCGGGACGCUUGAGCUGGGGGCGGAUGGCCCCUGGGCCGCGGGAGUCCGGAGCUGGUGGACCACGCGAGCGGGUUCACCGUGUACUGGAAGGAUGUUUGGGGUGCAGUCCCAGAGCAGAAGCGGUUCUCUUGGGCAGAGCUCCCUGGCUCUUGAUCCUUGGAUUAGGUCACUCGUCAAAAACAAUUACAGUGAUGAGGGGCUAAGUCCAUCCUUCCCGCCUCCCAGAACUGUGGGACCCAGGGAGGGAGAGGUCUUCACUGUGGAGCGGUCCCUGAGGGAGGCGUUGCGGCUGUGCCCCCAAGAGGCAGCGCCUCAUUGGUUCUGAGCUCUGGCCUGGAGGAGCCUAGCUCAGUCCUUCCCUGGGUUUUCGCCAAUGCACAGGUGUGAGCAGAAGCAUACAGUUGAAUGCGUCCUCCCUGGGAUCUCUUAUCCUUUCUAAAACCUUCUUUACACAUAUCUUCUGCGUCCCCUACCUACGCGGGGACUCCUUUCUGCCUAGUAGCCCUGGUCUUCAUGUACCUUCUUCUCUGGCACUAGGGUGCACAGACCCUUGGUCCCUUCCUGCACAUGCCGACAUCCACUUUUUGUACAAAGGCAUGUAAUAACUGGAGAACCACCAAAAUUACCUGGCUGGCCUUGGGAAAAGAUUAACUUCUUGCAAGCCACCCAGAAAGCUAUGAAUUGCAAUACAGCACUGAUUCUAAAAGCCAAAAUUAAAAAAAAAAGACAUAGAGCUAUUUUGUUAUAUUUUGGAACUAAUGAAGUGAAGUGCCAAAUUAAGCCCAACAUUCAUUUUAUGGUACCAUGUUCUUUUAUGUCUUCAUUUGGCAGGGGGAGGUGGGGAGGAGUGCAGAGGGCCGUCCCAUGGCAUGCUGGCUGGUUAAUGGAGCUCCUCCACCCCACGGAUCUCAGAAACUUGUCUGAGCAAAAGGAAUGGCAAUACAAUGGAUCCUGGACCCAAAGUAUUUCUAAAUAAGGCGUGCUCUAGCCUUUUGACCUUUUUCUCCCUUGAUACUUCUUCCUUCAGAAAAUAGUUCUCAUCUCUGUCUAAAGAAGGCAUUUCGUAGUAAUGGACAGGCAUCCUUCAGGUCGCUGCAAGGCAAAGAGAGUUCAUCACCUGGCAGUAGUGUUAAGCCUUCGUCCUUCCCGGACAAUGUGCACCCGAUUUAUGGGCAGCAGUGUGACAAGACAGAGAAACACCCGGGUAGCAAGCGGGUGGGUUGGAGGCCAGAGAGGAGACACAAGAGGCCUAUGGAUAUCUGGCCCCCACUCACCUGUCAAUGCUGAUUGGACAGCGGUGACUGUCCCUGGACACCUUGGAGGGGGCUGUCAUGUUGUCCCUCUAGAAGCAGCUGCCUGAAGCCAGGAGAGAGCUCCCUUACGGGCAGCAGCUCCAGGCAGGGAUGCAGGACUCCAGUGCACAUCUCUAGUGGGCACGGACUUCCCUCCACCUUACCUGCCGGAAAGUUUCCUCUCCUGGUUGGUAAAAGCCAGGCUCAGGAAGAAGGCGGUAGGUUUGCCCUUUACUAGGCAAUCCCUUGUCCAGCCACAACUGUGUUGCAGAUGAACACUUCGAAUAGAGAGUGAUGGGGGUUAUAGGUCUUGGGCUUCCAAAAAUCUGUUUAAAGAAAUAGUUACACGAAUGGUGCAGAAGAUUUCUGAGACUGAAAUGCCCUCUGUCCCAUUUUGAGAUCAUCUGCGUUGAAGUCGGCUGUCGCUGGUGUCACCCCAACCCAUGCUUUUGAAAGCCGCCCUGGGCUCUGAAGUAGCCGGCUCUGCUGAUCCGGGCCUCCUUCAUCAGACUUCAUCGGAAAACGAAAGAGCAGCAUUCACCUGCGAAUGUUUGGAGGCAAGUGGCAAGAACCGUACAUAUAGGAGAGAAUACCUUGAGAAUAGUAGCAAAAUACUGUAAAUAAUUUCAUUUCCUCAGGGAAAAUUAAAGGGUAUGUGAAAGAUAGGUCUGGAAGAUCCUAAAACUAGAAAGAUUUUUCUUAUCUCCAGAGUCUUUCCCAGUCAGAACGGUUUGGGUGGUAUUUUUUUUUUAAUGAACAUCAUAAGUAUUUCAAGACAAAUUUACAUGAACUGGACAAUAUCAACUUUGUGAGAGCAAUGCUCUAUGGCAAAGAGCUGUUUCUUCGUAGCUGACCUGCGGUCUAAGGCUGACAUUUGAACCACAGGCACAGUUCCUGGUGGGUAUUCACAGACUCCUGUAAGGCUUUUUCUGAAUGUAAUUGUGAAUACAAAGCCUUGGUGUUCCUUUUCAUAAUCACUCGGUUGGAUGACUGUACACAGAAUUCUGUAGGCGAAAGCUGUUAAAGACAUGCAUUUUGCAUUAUUAGCAUGUUCAGGAGCAAACUUCCAUGGACUUUUGCGGACAAGGUGCUGCUUUUUCUCAUGACCCUGUAGAAUUUCUAUCGACCACAUCAACUGUAGCAUUGACCUGUAUGAAGACAGGGAAGGAUUUGUGCAUACAAAUGAGGGGGAACAGCCGAAUUCAUGAAUAUGGAUGAGGAUGUGGAUCAUUUUGGAGAAGGCGCUGGGUACAUGGGUCAACUGGAAAUUUCAUUUCUCUAAAAAAAAUCACCCUCCCAGCGGCACAUACACGCUCCCUGUGCCUCAUACCUGUGGGGAUUCCUCUCUACUGGGACUGUUCCAUUGUGUCUUUUUGCAUUGUAAUUCGUCAAAGCAGAAGUCAGUAAAUAAAGUGAAAUUAGCA